AUGGUUAAUUUAACAGAAACAACCACAAGCCCUCCUUCAGAAGACUCUGCUCAAAUUGAGCCAAAGGAGGAAUUUAUUAUGGACACCGAACCCUCAAUUGCUAAACCAGCUGCCUCUUACUUUACAGUAAUAAUUUUGUGUCUUUUAAUUGCUUUCGGCGGUUUUAUCUUCGGUUGGGAUACUGGUACAAUUUCCGGGUUUGUUGCUCAAACCGAUUUCAUUAAGAGGUUUGGAACACAACAAUCAGAUGGUUCUUUUGCCUUAUCAGAUGUCAGAAAGGGACUCAUGGUCGGAAUUUUCAAUAUUGGUUGUCUCUUGGGAGGAUUAUUUCUUGCCGGGGCUGGUGAUAAAUGGGGACGCAAACCAGGUCUAAUGUUAGUUGCUGCUGUCUACGUGGUUGGGAUCAUUAUUCAAAUUACAUCAAGUACAAAGUGGUACCAAUAUUUUGUUGGUAGAAUUGUCUCUGGUAUGGGUGUUGGGGGAAUUGCUGUUUUAUCUCCAACUCUAAUUUCAGAAAUUGCCCCAAAGCAAUUAAGAGGUACAUGUAUUUCAUUGUAUCAAUUAAUGAUUACUGGUGGUAUUUUCUUAGGCUAUUGUGCUAAUUUUGGAACCAAGCGUUAUAACAAUGCAGUUCAAUGGCGCUUACCAUUAGGAUUAGGAUUUGCAUGGGCAUUUUUUAUGAUUAUUGGUUUAUUAUUUGUUCCAGAAUCUCCAAGAUAUUUAUUCAAGAAGGGGAAAAUUUCUGCAGCCAAGCACUCUUUAGCCAAAUCCAACAAGACGACCGUCGAUGAUAUUUUAGUAUUAAGUGAAUUAGAUAAUAUUAGGGCUGGUAUUGAAGCUGAAAAUAAUGCUGGUAAUGCUUCUUGGAAAGAGUUGUUUUCUCUUAAAAAUAAGAUUUUCCAACGUGUUUUUAUGGGUGUUAUGAUUCAAUCGUUACAACAAUUAACGGGAUGUAACUACUUCUUUUACUACGGAACUACAAUUUUCCAAGCUGUUGGUAUGGAUGAUUCUUUCGUCACUUCCAUUGUUUUAGGUGUUGUCAAUUUUGCUUCCACAUUUAUUGCCCUAGGGAUUGUGGAGUGGUUGGGCCGUAGAAAGUGUCUAUUACUGGGGUCUGCCUCAAUGGCCUGCUGUUUUGUUAUCUUUGCCUCAGUAGGUGUAACAAGAUUAUGGCCAAACGGUAAGGACCAACCAACAUCCAAGGGUGCAGGAGAUUGUAUGAUUGUGUUCACGUGCAUUUUCAUCUUUUGUUUUGCUACUACCUGGGCACCUAUUGGUUUCGUCAUUGUUGCUGAAUCUUAUCCAUUACGUGUCAAGCAAAGGGCAAUGGCCAUUGCCAUUGGUGCAAAUUGGAUUUGGGGGUUCCUCAUUGGUUUCUUUACACCUUUUAUUACAAGUGCAAUCAAUUUCUAUUACGGAUUUGUCUUUAUGGGAUGUUUGAUAUUCUCAUUCUUUUAUGUCUUCUUCUUUGUUCGUGAAACAAAAGGGUUAACUCUUGAAGAAGUUGAUGAAAUGUACUUGGAGAACAUUAAACCUUGGAAAUCAGCCUCAUGGUCGCCAAGAAACAGAAGAGAUGGUGCUUAUGAUAACGACAUUACAAGUGACAGAAUCCACAUCGUUGGUGUUUCUAAUGGAUCAAAUGAUGAAACAGAAAAGGAAACCACUGAACAAAACAAUGAUGCAACAGAGAAGGGAACCACCGAACAAACAGAUGAGGAUGGGACAGAACAAACAACUGAUAAAAAAAUCUCAUUCUACAAGAAGGUUUUCAAGAACAAUUGA